UAUGACAGUGAUACCCUGGUGAAACACUGGUACAGUACUAGUGUUGAGUGUGGAGUGUAUAGAGAAUAGGAGAGUGUAUUAGGAGUUUGUUUGGUUGAGUGGUGACAGCGAGAGUGCAUUACUGUAUGAUAUCGUGGUUGUUGUCGUAGUGGACAACUUGUGGUGCUUGUGGUGACAACUGGAUCAUUGUGGACAUUGUGGACAGACAUGUUGGCUCUGGUGAACCGGAUCCUCGAUUGGCUGAAGAGCCUGUUCUGGAAGGAAGAGAUGGAACUGACUUUAGUUGGUCUGCAAUACUCAGGCAAAACCACUUUCGUCAAUGUGAUCGCUUCUGGACAAUUCUGUGAAGACAUGAUCCCAACGGUGGGCUUCAACAUGAGGAAAGUGACCAAAGGAAAUGUGACCAUCAAAAUUUGGGACAUCGGCGGUCAGCCCAGGUUCAGGUCGAUGUGGGAACGGUAUUGUCGUGGAGUGAAUGCCAUUGUGUAUAUGGUGGACGCGGCCGAUCACGAGAAGGUGGAGGCGUCGCGUAACGAACUCCAUAACCUACUGGAAAAGCCACAGUUGGCGGGCAUACCGGUGCUCGUGUUGGGCAACAAACGAGAUCUGGCCAAUAGUCUCGAUGAGAAGGAACUCAUUGAACAGAUGAAUUUGGCGGCCAUUCAGGACCGGGAGAUCUGUUGUUAUUCGAUAUCUUGCAAAGAGAAGGACAACAUCGACAUUACCCUCCAAUGGCUCAUCUCUCACUCCAAGUCGGGAUCCCGACCAAGUUUUAGGUGUUCUAGAAUUGAAUGGUCCAUUGGAUCCAUGGAACCCAUUGGAUGGGCUAAUGCGGUGUUGAGUCCAGCGUCUGAACCAAACAAUGAUAAUGAGAAUAAAUGGCAUAAUUAAGAGCCACCAGAGAAUCCAAAGGAACCAUAGACUCGUAACGGAUCUUCACUUUGACAAUCAGUGUCUGUCCAACAUUUAUAAGGCAAACAUUUAGCAGCGGUUGAGUUAAAGCGAUGAUUUGGUCGGCAAAGGCACGUGUGGUCAACACAGAUUUGAUGGUUGUCCCCGAAUUGAGUGCAAUCAUUGGUCUCAUUGCACGGCUUAUUAAUCAUGGUUUGGCAUAAAUGAGUGUUUGUGUCGAUGUGGUAAUAGUUGUGACAUUGAUUGCAACUAUUAUUAUAACAAAUGCGUUUGGGAUCCAAUUGAUUGCAAUCGUUGUCAGACUGACAUGACUUACGAAUACAAGCCAUAAGGUGUUCAUCGAAAGCAUAGUUGGGCUCACAUUCACACGAAUUGUUGAAACAGAAUUCAUUUGGUCGACAGUCGGCACCAGAAACACAUGACUUCUUACAAUAUUUGGUGACAAGAAUUGAAUUUAGGAUUUCUUACAAAUCCAUAAUCGCAUUGACAAGACUUGUGAAGCCAUAGGAAAUCCAAUUUACAAAUUAGAUUCUUAUCCAAAGUUUGACAAUCACUGUCUGUUUUACAUAUAAAUGGUUGACACUCUUUGGUCGUUGAGUUCCACUCAUAAUUUACAUUACAUUUGCAUUCAUUGAUAAAACACAUUUGAUUUUUGCCC